AUGAAACCUACUUCAAAAUUGCAUGGUUUUAAUUAUGAUCAACAAAAGAUAAACCUCAAUGGCCCUCGUCCUACACCUUUGAUGAUUCGCAAGCCUAAUUCAUCACACAAACAGCAAAGGGUUCCCAUCAUCAUAUACACUCAAUCACCAAAGAUUAUUCAUACAAAAGCUCAAGAUUUCAUGGCUCUUGUUCAAAGACUCACAGGCAUGUCCACCACCAAUCAAGUACUGCCACGUCAGCAAGAGGUUUCUGAGAAUUUUGAGUCAUCUUUGUCAGAGGGAUCAAACAAUAAUAGCAUCAACUUCAUACAGCAGGAGGGUGAUGAAAACUCAGUUGAUAAGGGAGGUGUGAAUAGCAAUAAUGAUAAUGAUGAUGAACAAAGCCCUAAUAAUAUGAUGAAAUUUGCUGAGAUGCCAUUAUUCACUCCAACUUCAUAUGAUUUCUUUAGCCCAAACAAUUCAUCUCGACCAGUUUAUAAAUUUUCUGAUUCUCCAUAUGGAAUUUUAGGAAGUCUGAUAUCUCCUUCUGGAUUGGGAUUCAUCCAAGACCUACCUGAAUAUUAG